CUGCGCUUUAGUAUAUUCCGGGUGGCUUUGCGAGAAAAACUCCUCAUACAAAGUAACUGAGUGACAGCGAGAUACUUUUUUUGAAGGAAAUGUGUCCGAAAAACACGUCUCAGUAAACAUUGAAGCUUAUCAGUCCAUCUUAUUUUAAUUUAGCUGACGAGCGGCUAACAAAGAAACCCGGAAGUUGUCAACACAUCACUAAGCGGAGAUCAAGUGUGAGUGUAAAGUGUUGUGAUUGUGUAAAAAUGUGUAAAGUCCAAAUGCUGAGAGCGUUGGUGAAUCAGCGACUAACCGCGGCUGUUGAAGAAAUAUUUGUCGUGUUGGAAAGAACGAUAGCGGAGUACGAGGAGGAACUUUGUCGAACAAAAGAGGAGAACGAGCGACAACGUCAACUACUGGACGCUGUUUGCCAGAAGAGUCAAGUGGUGCCACACAGAUCGGACGUCAGUGAAGAACAUCUCCCCCCCAAGCAGCAGGAGUGCAACUCCAAGGUGAAACGGCCCACCCACAUUAAAGAGGAAGAAGAGCAUCUUGAAGGAGUGGAGGAGUUCCCCGUGAUUGUUGUCACUGUGGACGGCCAACAUGAUGAUGACAAAAGUCGAGGUGGCGUGAGGAGGCGCAGCAACUCGUCAGAAGCUGACUUAGACCGCUGCGGAGGAUCGCAAGAUCACAACCUCUUAGCUCCGCUAUCAGAUAGCGACGACACGGAGUCACACUCUCCCGACACGGAUGACGACGACGACCCUAAAGCUGCGACGACGUGUCACGCCGACAACACGCACUGGAAAUGUUCUCAAUGUGACAAAACUUUUGUAACCAAGGGAAAUCUGAAAGUACACAUGAGACGUCACACGGGGGAGAAACCUUUCACUUGCCUAAUUUGUGGCAGAAGAUUCUCUCAGCGGUCACAUUUGAAAACUCACACAAGAACACACACGGGAGAGAAACCUUUUUCCUGCUCAGUUUGCGGUAAAAGUUUCUCUCAGAAGAUAUCUUUGAAGGGACACAUGAGAACACACACUGGGGAGAAACCUUUUUGCUGCGCGGUUUGCGGUAAAGGUUUCUCUCAGAAAAUAACUUUGAUGGGACACACAAGAACGCACACUCGAGGAAAUAAACAUCCAGCAGGACAGCAGGAGUGGAACUCCAGCAUGGAACAGGAGGAGCCACAGCAUCCUCACAUUAAAGAGGAAGAGGGGGAGUCACAACAUCUCCAUAUUAAAGAGGAAGCGGGGGAGCCACAGCCCGCCCACAUUAAAGAGGAAGAGGAGUAUCACAGCAUCAAUCAGAAGGAAGACCAUCUUGAAGGACUGGAAGAGUUCCCAGUGAUUAUUGUCCCUGUGAAGAGUGAAGAUGAAAGUGAGGAGAAGAAGAGAGAGGCGGAGCCUCCAAGCAGCAGCUCAGCUCACCACAUGACAUCAGAAACUGACGGACACCACUGCGGAGGAUCACAGGCACUAUUAGCCCCGCUAUCAGAUAGUGACGACACGACGUCGCACUCUCCCGACACAGAUAAGGAUGACUCUGAAGCUGAUACGACACGUCACGAUGCCGACACGCGCUUUAAGUGCGCUCAGUGUGAGAAAACUUUUGUCAGCCGGAGAAAUCUGAAAAGGCAUGUUGGUAUACACACUGGAGAGAAACCUUUCGCCUGCUCAGUUUGCGGUAAAAGGUUCAGCGCUAAGUCGUAUCUGAAAGAACACACAAGAAUACACACCGGAGAGAAACCUUUUCUUUGCUCGGUGUGUGGUAAAAGAUUCUAUCAAAAAUCUGACUUAAAAAAACAUGCGACCAUUCACUCUGGAGAGAAACCUUUUUCCUGCACAGUUUGUGGUAAAAGAUUCAUUAAGAAGUCGAAUUUGAAAGUCCACACACGAAUACACACUGGGGAGAAACCUUUUCCUUGUGCAGUGUGCGGUAAAACGUUCUACCUAAAGGGUAAUUUAAAAAAACACACAGCAAUACACACCGGAGAGAAACCUUUUCCUUGCACUGUGUGCGGUAAACAAUUCUCUCGUCGGUCACAUUUGAAAGCGCACACCAAAAUGCACACCGGUGAGAAACCAUUUCCUUGCACGGUUUGUGGUAAAACCUUUUACCUCAAAGGUAAUUUAAAAAGACACACAGCAAUACACACUGGAGAGAAACCGUUUCCUUGCACAGAUUGUGGUAAAAGAUUCUCUCAACAAAAUCUUUUGAAAAGACACACAAGGGUACACACUGGCGAGAAACCUUUUCCUUGCACGGUUUGUGGGAAAACAUUCUACCAGAAAGCUAAUUUGAAAAGACACGCAGUGAUACACACUGGGGAGAAACCUUUUUCUUGCACAGUCUGUGGCAAAACAUUCGACCUAAAAAGUAGUUUGAAGAGACACACAAGAGUACACAACGGAGGGAAAUCUUUAUCCUGAGCCAUUUGUGUGAAAAGUUUCUCUCGGAAAGUACACAAC